CGGCAUUUGCCUCCACUUUGUCUAUGCCGCUCAAGCUGGCUAGGCGCUGACAGUAACAGUUGCUUGCGCGAGAGUGAGCGAGGGAGAGAAGGACAGAGAGAGAGGAGAGAGAGAGAAAAUGGUACAGCGAGUGAGUGACUGAGUGAGCGGGCGAGUGAGAGGAGAGAGAGGGAGAGCGUGAGAGUGAGAGAGUGAGCAGAGGAGAGAGAGAGAGAGAAAAAGAGAGAGAGCGAGAGCAGUACAGAUCCAUCCUUCGUAGCACGCCUACACAGUGUCAGUAAUAAAGAUACACUGCUUCAGGUCGGAGGGCUGAAGACAAGUCCGUGAACGGAAUCCUGGGAGACGUUCGGAACGCCGAGUGGGAACGCCGCGAAGGAGACAGGUUGAUUGAAUAAAGGUUGGAAAAGAAAAGAAGAUCUGGAGAGCGUCAGAGGAAAGAGAGCAGAAGGCGAAGAAGAGGCGAAGAGGAGACGUCUGCAAAGUGUCUGCGAUGCACGUAGACGUUCCCUGGCAUGCAACGGCUGCACUGUAAACUCAGUGAAGGCAGUCUGAGACACACGUUUGGUCUGGGAGCAGAGGACAGGUCUGACAUAUGAAGAGGCUGCACUGUAAACUCAGUGAAGGCAGUCUGAGACACACGUUUGGUCUGGGAGCAGAGGACAGGUCUGACAUAUGAAGAGGCUGCACUGUAAACUCAGUGAAGGCAGUCUGAGACACACGUUUGGUCUGGGAGCAGAGGACAGGUCUGACAUAUGAAGAGGUAUCCCUCAGAAGUGCACCUGAAGCUCAUUUGUUGAACCACAAUGUAAAGUCAAAAUCAAUGGAUUGAGUAAAGGAACAAGAGCAACGAACAUUGCCGAGUGACAAACAUCGCAAAGCGACAAACAUCGCAGUGUUCCAAACUCCAUAUUGAAGGACAUCAAAGCAGGAAAGUUUUUUACAGUUCCUGCCAAGUCCUCAAGGGUGGGAAAAGAUGAAACGAAAAACUUAAUUUUGGGGACAGCUUACUUGCAAGACCCAAGUCUUCUAUCACAUGGACAGAUAAGUGAGAGACUGAUUUGAAGACCAAAAAAAAAGAAAAAAACAGGCCAGGCGGUCCUGUACAUCCUGUUCUCCAAGAUAGCGUAACUAAUUAACUCCAGUGAUGAAAAUGAGAGUGAUUACGAAGAUUUUUGUGCAAAUUCAUCUCUUGGUUGGAGUCGCUAGCUCUCUGGUAAUUCACUCCAUGCCCUGGAGGGUACCAUGCCCUCACCAGUGUGUGUGCCAGAUCAAGCCCUGGUACUCUCCCCAAUCUGUGUACAGAGAGGCUCCUACUGUUGACUGCAAUGAUCUACUCCUCACCCAGCUGCCCACGUCGCUCCCUCCAGAGACGCAAACACUCCGGCUUCAGAGCAAUCUCAUCAGUUCCGUGGAUCAGGGCGAACUCCAAGGUCUCGCCAAUCUUACCGAGUUGGAUCUCUCCCACAACAGUUUCAUCAGUACUCGUAACCUGAGAAUCACCGACCUGCCAGCUCUUCUCAGCCUACACAUGGAGGAGAACCAGCUCAGGCACCUGCCCGAAGAAGCCUUCUUUGGGCUGCCUAGCCUUCAAGAGCUCUAUCUCAAUCACAACAGGCUUCGAAGCAUUUCUCCUGCGGCUUUCAAGGGUUUAGACAAUCUUCUGAGGCUUCAUCUCAACUCUAACCAUCUUGUGGUAAUUGAUCGGCGGUGGUUCCAUGCUUUGCCUCAGCUGGAAGUUCUCAUGAUUGGCGGAAAUCCAGUGGACGUUAUCCAAGAUCUCAACUUUAAACCUCUUGGAUCUUUGCGCAGCUUAGUCCUGGCAGGCAUGGGCUUGCGCGAGAUCUCAGAGCGUGCUCUAGAGGGGCUUCUAAACUUGGAAAGCAUCAGCUUCUACGACAACCAUCUGACCAAAGUCCCAAAAGAAGCACUGGAGAAAUUGCCAGUCCUGAAAUUUUUGGACUUGAACAAGAACCCAAUUCAGCUGGUGCAAAGAGGGGAUUUUAGGGACAUGCUUCACCUGAAGGAGCUCGGCUUGAACAACAUGGAGGAGUUGGUUUCCAUCGAGCACUCGGCCAUGGAAAACCUGCCCGAGCUUACCAAGCUGGAAAUUACGAACAAUCCGCGACUGUCCUACAUUCACCCUCAGGCUUUCCAGAAGCUGCCAAGUAUGGAGAGUCUGAUGCUUAACAGUAAUGCCUUGAGUGCCCUACACCGUCAGACUGUGCGCUCUCUGCCAAGCUUGCAAGAGAUCAGUCUCCACACCAAUCCCAUUCGAUGCGAUUGCCUUAUUCGCUGGGUGGGUGCAGAGGAUGACAAACCUGUUCGAUUCAUUGAACCUCAGUCCACAUUCUGCUCAGAACCUCCUGAGUUAAAAGCUAGAAGGGUAAAAGAAGUUUCCUUCAGGGAAAUGGCGGAGAGCUGCCUGCCUUUGAUAGCCCCAAGCACAUUUCCCUCUUACAUCCAAGUCAAACAUGGAGACAACCUUGCCCUGCAUUGCCGAGCACUGGCAGAACCAGAGCCAAAUAUUUACUGGGUCAUUCCCAAAGGUUUGAGGUUAACUCCUGCAACCAGAUUCGGACGUUACCAGGUCUUAACCGAGGGUACUCUUGAGAUCUUUGGAGUCACUGCUGAGGAAGCUGGUUUCUACACUUGUGUGGCACAGAAUUUGGUCGGGGCUGACACAAGGAGCUUGACCCUAAAGGUGGAAGGAUCAGGCAGGGCUCAUUUGUCAAGUGCUCAAACAAGUGCUCAAAGUAGUGACGACAACCUCGAGGUACGAGACAUCAAAGAACACUUUGCUCUACUGACCUGGCAGGUCAGCCAUAAUGUUCCAUCUGCUCGACUCUCUUGGAUUGCCAAUGGAAGCUUGGAAGAUCACCACAGGCAUAGUACCCGAAUACUGGCUGGCACUAGAGGCUUCAACCUGACUCGUCUCCAACCAGGAACCCACUACAAGGUCUGUCUGCACAUGGGGCCAAAUGACACCUCCUGUGUCCAUCUCAGGACUAAAGAGGUGAUCGUGCCAGUCCCUUCUCCAGACUUGACCCCUGCGGUUCUACUGGCUAUGUCAGCUCUUCUCCUCCUGCUGGCAGCCAGAGCUUGUCAAGGGGGUGCCAUGCUCAACUGGAAAGAACAGACACCAGAGUUUGGGAAGCCUCAUACCACCAUUUUAACCCAGGAGGCAAAGGCUUUCAUGGCUCCAGUAUUGCCUCUGAAAGAACCACUUCAGCAGUACAGAGAUAAACUUUCAUCAGAGGGAAGCGAAAGGAAGACCAGCGAUGCUCAGCAGGGGCAUCACGCUCUGGGGCCGACAAAGGAGGCAUGUUGAGUUCGACAGCGCUAAGAGGAUGUGCCACUGAAACCAUACACAAGCUUUGAAAAGCUACAGAUAGUACAGCUUCUCUCGGACAGUUCAAAAAUCUGAAAUUCUCCUGAAAGUCUCCUGGAACUAAAAAAAAUCAAGAACUGAACUUUUCUUGCCAGAUCUGCAUAACAAAGAGAGUGACCCAAUUAUUAAUUAAGUACAGUGAUGUAAUAAAAAGAGAUUUCAUUUUUUAUUUAUUUUACAACAGAGAAAAGAUACAGUACAUAUAUGUAUAUUGAAAGCAUUUGUUCAUGUACUCGCGUGCAGAAACACUCAGAGGAAGCUGACGCGGGUGCGAGCUUCAGGAGAGUUCUCGAUUAUUAAUUCUGUUUGUAAGCAACUUCGGAACUUUACAAGUCUGUUAUCACAACAGACCUGAGGGUUGCAACGUGAUACGGAGUACUCAUAUAUUUUUCAUACUGCUGAAGAGACUAAUUUGACAGAUGGGUAGAGGAAUCGAGUGAAGGACAUUCCAAGGCUCCCAACUUUACGCCAAAGGGGACGGAAACUGUUGUUGGGAGCUGCCGAGAAGUUUCAUGCCACUUUUCUAUUUUUUAAAAUGUGAUACAGAUACUAUUUGAAAAAAAAAAAACGAAAACUAUGAGAUGAUGUCUAAGCGCUGAAAAAAAGGCACUGAAAAGACUCUUCAAUACAGAAGAUGAAAAGAAGAAAGAAGGGUAUUUUUAAUACGCUGCAUAAUCAUAAUAUACUCAUUAUCUUUCUUUUGUAAUGUCGGCUAAAUUGAGCUUGAGCACAGUUGAGAAGCCCCAGCUUAGUCAAGUGAUAUUCAGUAUGCUGAAUCUCUGAAACAUGAAAUACGGAGGGAGGAGCUCUUCUGAAAUACGGACACGGAUAUGGAUUGAUCUUUGCUUUGUCUGAGAGAAGCCAAACGUUACUAUGGGCUAAAACAAAAGACUGAACAGAAACGGAAAGGACUUAGAGCCCUGACCGCUAUGUAUGUGUGUGUACCAGCAUCUUUGUCCUGCAUAAAAGACGGAAGACGGAAAAGGAAAAAAACUACGGAAAUGAAUAAUUGAAUGAUUGCAAAAGUACGUACAUACAUACAGGGAGAUUCAUGGUUCAGGGAGGAUUCAGGCCAAAACGUUGUGAACGGUGAAUGAAUGAAAACAUCCACUUACACCUUUUACCAUCUUUUGUGACAAAGAAAAGAAAAGAACCUCCCGUUAUCUCUCGAAAGCAAUGGAAAAAAAACGGACAUUAGGCGCUUCACUGUGCUAAUGGGUUUGUACUUAACAGAAAGAUAGUGCCAAGUCCUUGCACUACUCAACUUUUUGUGCAAGAAGAGAUUUGGAUGAGGAUUGAAUACGGAAUGAUCUCAGUUCCUCCGUAAUACUUGUCAGGUUGAGGUGACUUACGAACUUGAAAUUGAGUAAAUUGAGCGUAUUAAACAUAUUAAACGUAAUGAAUGCUCAAUCAGCUGUGAGGGACCACGCAUCAGUGAGUGAUACGUAUACAUAUAUAAAUAUAUAUACACUGCAGAAAGGUUAACGAGGCCAAAAACUGUCCUUUGUUUGAACAAAGGAACCAAACAAGGGAAUUGUCAGCAGCAUUUUACGGAAUAUCAAUUAUCAACGGAUUCUCAUGUGUACGGGGAACUUUCCGUUUUUCUACAGUACGUCAUUUCCUGUCAUUAUGGUAAUCCUGCUUUGUUUUAGUUUGCGUCAGUUUGUGGUUGAUGUGCCCCCCUUGUUUCCGCAAUCCUCGCUCUAACUAAACGCCCCCUCUUUUUUCAUUUCCGUAAUUUCUGUUUUUUCCGUUUUCCUAUUUUUGCAUUUGUUGGCUACUGUUUCUUUUCUAUCACCUCAGAAGCUGUACAUACAGUAAAUCAAACCCCAGUUUCCUAUUCAGUGUUCCACUUAAUUCCCUUUCAGAAAUAAUUUAGAUGACUGUGUGUUAAAUUCUAUUUUGAGGUAUUAUUAAACCAUUUUGGACUGAUAAA